AUGGCUUCAUUACGCCCGUCUGCUUCCUCUCGUGCUCUCUUGGUGGAGCUCCAGUCUACUGCUGGGCUCCGUGCGACUAAGUCUCGGCUGGCACGCGCCUCGUUGGCCCGGCCAUCGUCGGAAACGGCCGCAAAGCGACCACAGGCUGUAACGCAGCCCGCUUCACCGUCGCCACCGUCGUCACCUCCAUCGUCGCCGUCGGCUGUUGGUUCUCCUGCGGCUUCGCCUACUUCUGCUCUGUCGGCUGGUUCUUUGCCGUCUCCGUUGAACACCGCGCCAUCAUCACCUCUGGACGACGCUUCGGUGGCGUCGGACGUGUCUGGCGUGUCGAGUUUAAACCACCUGAAGGAACUGCAUUGUGGUCCACUCUUCGGCAGCUCAAGCGAAGAAUCAGAGGAGGACGACUCGGAGGGUCUGCGCGCGGCACGUCCGCCAUCCCCCACUCCAUCAGCGAGUGGUCUGAUCGAUGAUGACAGCGAUGAGGAGACCGAGCCUGUUGGUGGACUCAAUCGCCUGAGGCGUAGUACCGACUCUGGUGACUGGCACCCGUACGCAUUGCCUCCUGUCCCGGCGAAGCAUCCUGCGAACGGCCUCAACGUUGAGAAGCUGCACGACGUUCGCGGCGAAUAUCCGCAUCGGUGCUUUCUCGUGGAAUGGCAAAUUACGCCGCUUCAGUUGAGCUGGGUAUGGGAGGAGCAACUCGCCCAACGAGUCACUCGCCGUAUCGAUCAGGUAAUGCAGUGGUGUGAAGAUCUGCGCCCUGGUACAUUCGCCAAUUAUUACAAGAAGCAUUUUGCGAGUCGUGACCAGGGUUCUCCUGCUGGUGGCUGCUUCAUGGACGCUUUUCGCGCGGCGCUUUAUCACCUUGGUGACCCUGUUCUUGCAUCCAGGGCUACUGAACUAUGGGCGGACUUUGAGCGUGAUCAUCCAGGUACUGUCGACGGAGUUUCUUGUGCGGAAGCUACGGAGUUCUUUCGCGUUCUUCAGCACAGCGAUUUUCCGUUGGAUUACGAUCUUCUCUUCCAGAGUCGACUUGAUGCUUCAUACACGAAUGUGGAACGGUUCCAGACGUUUGUCCAAACACUGCGUGACGGAGUGUAUCUUACGAGUAUUCGUGAUGGCCUCGUCGGACACUACGUUGUUGUUCUCGCGAAGGGUCCAGACACUGCUGUCUCUGUACUGGAUGGAGUCGAACCGCCUGUGACCCCGGAACCUUUGACGAUCUUGGAGUAUCUCGACAAGGUCAAAUGGAUGGGAUUGAUGAAGCUGAAUCCAGGGUACCGUUGCCGCCGCGGUAAACGCAAGUCCAGGCCGAAUCGAAAGAAAGCUCGCCGCGAGAAGAAGAAGUAG